GUAACAUUGAUGAAGAAUGAAACUUAGCCGUUAUUUAGCCUCUCGUGCUAAAGAAGCGCCAUUUUCCUAGCCUGUUUCUGUUAGGGUGGUUGUACUCAGUGUGUCUGUUGGUGGAAACAAGCAUUCAGUUAAUACAUCUUCAAAUGACAUUGUGGAAAGCUGGGGACUUCUGUGGAUUCGUUUUUUCUAGUUGACGGCAAGGUUUUUGUUUUGGAAUUUUGUAUAUUACCAGUGUUAUCUUAAUUGUUUUAAAGCCGCUUGCCGCUUCAGAAGUCUCGUGGAUUUUUCGAUAUAAUUUUAAAACUUUAUUCAGAUGAUAAAACGAAGUACAAUGGAAGAGCAAAUGAUACAGUGUACUGGCUUUGAAGCUUCAACAAAUUACAACCACGGUGAUGGUAAGAUGGAGCUAGCUGAAAACGGGUCCGUAGAAAGCUCUCCUAGUUCUGAUUUACUAAAUAUUUCAGAGGAUGUGCAAGCAGAUGAGAUGACUUCAAGGGACUACUAUUUUGAUUCGUAUGCUCACUUCGGUAUACAUGAAGAAAUGUUGAAAGAUGAAGUCCGAACAUUAACUUAUAGGAAUUCUAUGUACCAUAAUAGGCAUUUGUUUAAGGACAAAGUUGUGUUGGAUGUAGGGUGUGGAACUGGAAUUCUUAGCAUGUUUGCAGCUAAAGCAGGAGCCAGAAAAGUCAUAGGUAUUGAGUGUUCUAACAUUGUUGAGUAUGCAAGGCGUAUUGUUCAAGACAACGACCUUUCAGAUAUAAUAACAAUAGUCAAAGGAAAAGUUGAAGAUGUCACACUACCGGAUAACAUUGAUAAAGUAGAUGUUAUAAUAUCGGAAUGGAUGGGGUAUUGUCUCUUCUACGAGUCUAUGUUGGAUACAGUUCUAUUUGCUCGUGAUAAAUGGUUAAAGCCAGGUGGCCUUCUUUUUCCUGAUCGAGCAUCUCUCUUUAUUACUGCAAUCGAGGAUCGGCAAUAUAAAGAUGAAAAAAUCAACUGGUGGGAUAAUGUUUAUGGCUUUAACAUGAGUUCUAUUAGGUCUGUUGCAAUAACCGAACCACUAGUCGAUGUUGUUGACCCUAAGCAGGUGGUAACCAAUAGUGCUCUAUUAAAAGAAGUGGACCUUUAUACUGUGACUAAAGAUGACCUGAACUUCACUUCAUCAUUUACAUUGCAAGUAUCGAGAAACGACUAUGUCCAGGUAAAGGCAUUAGUCACUUACUUCACCAUUGAAUUCACGAAGUGCCACAAGAGGGUAUGGUUUACCACCAGUCCAGAAAGUCCAUAUACCCACUGGAAGCAGACAGUCUUCUAUUUGGAAGGAUACAUUACUGCAAAAAGAAACGAAAUCAUUAAUGGAACAUUUGCAUUAAAGCCUAACAACAGGAAUAACCGUGACUUGGACUUCAAUAUUUCUGUCGAUUUCGAAGGAGAAUUAUGUGAUCUUCACGAAGAUCAUAUGUAUCGGAUGCGUUAGUUGUAUUAUUUAAGCUUGAAAAAUGUAUCGUAUUACUAUCCUUGAUGAAAUUAUUAAUAGUUUCUUAUUUUCAUAAUUUCGAUGUAUUCUUUUAGUGUUUCAACUUCUAAAAUGAACAUUUAUUUACUCAGAAAAUUCAAAUAAUAUUAAAUUUAUGAAUUGGUUUCGUUGAGUUUUAAGUUUCAUUAUUACUCUCCUUCACUUUAAUUUUUUAUUAUAACUGGAACAAAGCAUUGAGUUUGGCAUGUAAUCUUUUUUUUUUUUUUUUAUUUUUUUUUUUUUCCUGAUGCAUCUAUUAUUCAUACCUAUUAUAAUCAGUAAUUAAUAUCAAUAACUAUUUUAUGGCAGUUAUCACCUUCAAAAUACAUAAUUAAAUUUAACUCUGCAUUUAUUGUGACAAAAAUGAAUUUUUAUUAAUUACUUGUGAUUUUUAAUAAUUUUGAUGACCUAAUUUGUUUCAUCUUUACAUUGUUUCUCAAAAUACAAAAUUAUUAAAGAAAGGCUUUUUCUUCGUCAUCCUGUUUAUUUCUUCUUAAACUCAAAAUAUCAUUUAUUAGAAUAAUUUUUAAGUUCCAGUUCUCCUAGCACUAAAGGGUAUUGUUUGGCAAUACAAAACUAAAUUUAUUAAGAAAAAGCAACAUUUUUCAUCUAGCAGUUAGAAACAAUUAUCAUAAAAGGUCUAAACCUUCUUCUAAAUCAAACUGAAUAUUUUAUGUAAAGUUAUAUGUUGGUAGAUAAAAAAAAUUUUCUUUAUUAUUAGUUGUGGUUAGUUUAGUCAGCUCUUGAUAACUCAAACUUCAAUAAAUCCAAUUCCUGAACAUCUUGA